UACUUUUAUACUUAUGUUUAUAAAAAAAAGUUUACAUUAUUUUAGUUAUCCUCAGUAUUAUCAAACGCUAUCGAUUGCAACAUCGAUACGUGAUAUUAUUAGCGAUUGUUUAUAAAAAAAUGUCAAUUCAACAAAAUAACUAAUUAGCAAAGCGUAUCCCCAACCAAGAAAAGUCUAUUUAGUUCUAGUUAACAGUAAAUAGUAAACGAAGUUUGUAGCAUAAUUGGAACUACACCAAUGGAUGUCACAAAAAUGAGCAACACAACAAGCUAUUAUGAUAACACACUUUUAAAAGUUUUAAAUAGUUCCAGUGAAGUCAAGAAUGUCUCAGGUAAUGGAUUGGGAAAACGACAUAUUCAAAUUGUGUUGUUGGGAAUGAUCUUAUUCUUAUCGCAUUCUUUAAAAGUGUCAAUGUCAGUAUGCGUUGUUGCUAUGACCGAUUCUACAGCUAGUGUUAACAAGAAUAUACCUACGUACCAUUGGACAAACAAAGGAUUAGUUCUGUCUGCAUUUUUUUGGGGGAUGAUUAUUCCUGCUGUAGCUGCUGGAUGGUUAGCAACUAGGUAUGGAGCAAAACGUUUUUUACUCUGUGCGAUGAUGAUCAACUCUGUGGUUGGUUGUCUUAUUCCAACAUUAGCAGCAUUUGGAUCUAUAUGGGUAAUUAUUUGUAGAGGCAUACAAGGAUUUUGUAAUGGAUUCGUCCUUCCGUCUUUGUAUGCUUUAUUUGGGAAAUGGAUUCCAGCUUAUGAACGAAGUAGAUGUAUGGGAUUUAUUUAUUCUGGUGGUAUCAUAGGCGUAAUAACUUCAAAUCUUUUAUCUGGUUACGUUGCAAAUACUGAGUUUGGCUGGCCAGCAAUAUUUUACAUGUAUAGUAUUUUCGGAAUUAUGUGGUGCCUACUGUUUUGGAUAUUUGGAGAAAAUAGUCCUGCUAGCCAUAAGACGAUAUCGCAGGAAGAAAAGAAGUAUAUUCAACUAAGUUUAUCUACACAGGAGAAAAAGAAACUGGCUACACCAUGGAAGAAGAUAUUCACGUCUACAUGCUUUUUGUCUUUAAUAAUUGCUGAAUGUGGAGACCAUUUUGCAUACUAUUUACUAGUUUCACAAAUUCCAAAUUAUUUAAAACAUAUUGUAAAGUUAGGAAUAUCCAAUAAUGGCUUGAUAAGUUCAUUGCCUCACAUAGUAAGUUGGAUACUUAUAUACAUUCUUUCGUAUAUUUCUGACAAACUAAUAUCAUCCCAAACUUUAAGUAUUACCGCUACCAGAAAAUCUGUCGCUGCUGUAGGAAUAAUCGUCCCGGCGAUUUCGUUGACAGCACUAGCAUUUUGCGGUCCAGAAGACAACAUAAAAGCAAUCAUCUUUCUAGUUGUUGGAUUAAGUGUUGAAACUGCAGUUGCUUACUCUGGCAUAUAUGUGAACAGCGUAGAUCUGUCUCCUAACCAUGCAGGAAUUCUUGGAGGUAUAUGCAACCAAUUUUCAAAGCUGUGUUCUGCGCUAGGACCGGUAGUCGUUCACUUUGUUCUAACUAGUGACGUUAACCUCAAUCAAUGGAAGACGCUUUUUUUCAUAACUACUGCAGUGAAAUUUUGUACGGGUACUGUAUUUGUACUAUUUGGUUCAGCGGAAAUACAGCCUUGGAAUUAUGAGAUCGACAUUAGCACUAAAUCUGCCAAACCUGCCAAAGUUUCAGAUUAUGUAGCAGUAGAAACAACUGAAGUUAAUUCCACUGGUCUAUGAAAAUGCCAACGGAUCAACGUAGCCUUUGGAACGGAGACGCCUUUGAUCAAUGGAUACAUUUGAAGAAAUGUUAAACGUAUUACAUUGGAACCAACGUCAUUGGCGUGAAUUUGCAUUAAUGUGAUAAGAGAAAGGGCUUGAAUUAUAUUGUUAAAUAUAAUAUAUUUAUUAACUCAAA